UGUUCCGGAAUGUGACGGAAAAAGCCGAAGACUGUCCGACAGAGAAGACGAACAAACACAGGUUCAGAUGGAGGAAACCUGUGUGCCUACAGCUGAUUCUCACAUCUCUCCUCCACAGAUGAUCGUUACAGGCGGAGGGAAUGAUGUCCUGAAAGUUGAUUUGGGUUUAAAGCUCACUGUCUUUUCUCUGGAUCCGACGUUUCCUUAAUGGCAGAGUUUAGUCCUUUUUAUUCCUGAAAGUAUAAAACUUAUCAACGCAUCAUGGGGUGAAUCUGAAAUCUGGGGAAGAUGCUGAUCCGGUGAUGAAAGAGUAUCGUGACAAAACUCCCAGGAGAUAAUGAAAAGGAGACUCCACUUUGUCAGGAAGACUUCAUAGAGGGUUUUGGUGAUUGCUGACUCAGCUCGGGAAGAAGAAAAGAGAAGAUGGAAAGAGAGAGUGAGAUCUGGAUCCCAUCCAGGCCACGAGUCAAACAUUAACCAUGGUGAAGGAGAGUCUGCCCAGCUGGGGCCACCAGGACUCAGACGAGGGUCUCGUCCACGUGAACGUAGGAGGUCUGAAGAGGAGUCUCUGUUCCAGCACACUGAAGAAAUUCCCAGACACCAGACUGGGAAAACUGCUGGCAUGUGACUCAGAGGAAGAUAUACUUCAGGUGUGUGAUGACUAUGACGUGCAGCAGAAGGAGUUUUAUUUUGACAGGAAUCCCGGCUUGUUUCCUUACGUCCUUCACUUCUACCAGACGGGUAAACUUCACAUCAUGGAGGAGCUGUGCGUCUUCUCCUUCAGUCAGGAGAUCGAAUACUGGGGCAUCAAUGAGUUCUUCCUGGACAGUUGCUGUAGUUACCGUUACCACGACCGCAAGCUGGAGAGCAGCCGACAUCGCAGCUGGGACGACGAGAGCGAAGUCAGCAGCAUAGACACCUCUGUGGACGAGAUAUCUGACUUGAACAGGGACAUGCUGCACUUCCAAGAGGUGCGUUACGGGAACAUCAGGAAGUGUCUGUGGCUGACUCUGGAGAACCCUGGAUACUCCAUCCCCAGCAAGCUCUUCAGUCUGCUUUCCAUAGGAGUCGUGCUCACAUCCAUCGCCACCAUGUGCAUCAACAGCAUCCCAGAGUAUCAGACGUUUGACUCUAACGGGAAGCUGAUGGAGGACCCGACCACACAGGCUCUGGAGGUUUUCUGCAGCUGCUGGUUCACCUUCGAGGUGGUGACGCGGCUGCUGCUCGCACCCAACAGGAGGAAGUUCUUCCGUCACCCUCUGAACAUCAUUGACUUGGUGUCGGUGGUUCCCAUCUACAUCACCUUGAUCUUUGACAUGACUUUGGGUUCAGAGUCUGAUCUGGGAAACCUGGGACGACUCAUUCAGGUGUUCAGGUUAAUGAGGAUCUUCAGAGUUUUGAAGUUGGCCCGACACUCGACAGGACUACGUUCACUAGGAGCGACGCUUCGGCACAGUUACCGUGAGGUCGGCAUUCUGCUGCUCUAUCUGGGUGUCGGCGUGUGCGUCUUCUCUGGUAUCGCUUACACGGCUGAAUACGAAGAGGACGUUGGCCUGGACACCAUCCCGGCCUGCUGGUGGUGGGGGACGGUGAGCAUGACCACGGUGGGUUACGGCGACGUUGUUCCCGUCACGGUGGCCGGCAAGCUGGCCGCCAGCGGCUGCAUCCUGGGCGGCACCCUGGUGGUGGCGCUGCCCAUCACCAUCAUCUUCAACAAGUUCUCCCACUUCUACCGCCGGCAGAAAGCUCUGGAGGCUUCAGUGAGGAACAACAACCGCAAGAGGAUGAGGUUGAGCUGCGAGAACGUGCCGGAGGAGGACGAGGAGGAGGACGAGGAGGAGGGAUCGGACGGAGACAGCAGGUGUCUGGACGAUGACGAUAUUGAUGAUAUCGAGGAGGACGAUAUAGAUUAUGAGGAUGAAGGAGGUGUAAUCAAUUACAGCUACGUGGAACAUCCGUCCUACACGUACAUAGUGAGGAGGAAGGAGCUGCAUCAGCUUUGAGGAUGAGCUCAGAUUAAAACUGCUCUUGUUCUUCCUGCAAAUCUGUUGUUUUUACAUCAGUGUUUCCAGCUCUGAUUUCAUGUUCACAUGUGAUCAUGAACGUGACUUCCAUCUGACCCAAAGCCACACAAAUGUAGUAUGAACUGUCAGAUCUCCAUGAUGAUCGCUGUCAUCAAAACAAACGUGGACGACGAAAACUCAGCAGGGCAGCAGCUUGAUGAGAAUUUUAGAUGCUUCUAAUAAAUUAAAUCUGGAGUAAAUUAAAAUUGUAAUAAACUGUCGUCGGACUAUAACUCUGGGGCUUCCAUAACAGACUGUUCUGACAUGAUGUACUGCUUCUCAUUCAUUUGUGCAUGUGGGCUGUUUCAGGAUGGAGGUUUGUUGAUGCUUAUAUUGUUUCUCUGUUAAAAAUUGAUUUCAAGAGUCACAGAAAAAAAACAAACAUAUCUGACUGAAAAAAAAUGGUCAAAAUGAACAUAAACGCCGACAAAAGAAAUCAUGAACUGGACUGAAGUGAAA